AUGAAUCCAUGGACUUGGCCGAGCCGGUCAGAUGACUCAGCACUGACUCAGCUCCACGUGACCAAAGCCUCACCACCGGCGCCUCCUCGUGUUCCAUCACCAACCUCGCCGUCGCCAACAUCAUUCAACUCUUUGUCGACGAUCUCACAACGUCAAUUGCUCCGCCAUCCCCUGGACAGAUUCUGUGCUCUGUUCGACACCUUGGGGAUUGAUCUUUCUAGGCUUCUUCUCCAACUUUCGCCCCUUCGGUCUCCGGGUCUACGAGAAGUGUACGUGUCUGCGUUCCUGAUGGAGUCAUACGAUUCUUUCGGCUCCCCCACGGCCACCUCGGCUAAAGGUGAUGCGAGGUGGAGCCGCGAAGAGGACGCUUUUGCUUCUUCAAGGCCAGCCAUGGAUUCAUAUCGACGAAGGUCGCCUGCCUCCCAAGACCGUCGUCGAGCCGCUGGACGUGGCCGAUCUCGAUCUCCUGUCGCAAUUGAUCGGUAUCAACCUGGCGAUCGAGAACGUGCGCCUCGUGGCGAUGAAUAUUAUGCCGCGUCUCGUGACCUUGCAGCCCGUGAUCGAGAAGAGCGCCGUCGUUUACCAUCCCCUGUAGCGGCAAACAUUGACCGAUAUGUUCCAGGACAAGAUUCUGCGAAGCCCGUUUUACGAACCAACCCUCUGCCCAACCCGUUAACCCUCGACUUCCAAGUAGGGUUCAACUGGUUCGCAGAAUGGUGGAGGGCAGACCAGGCAAUAAAAGAAGAAAAAGAGCGGGCUAAACUCGGUGGAAGACGACCCACUGAUCGAGUCAAGGGUGAACGAGAGGCCCGGGAAGACCGCGAAAAGGAACGCGCACAGAUCCAAACGGCUUAUGACGCCUACAAGGCUGAACUGCAAAUCAAGAUGGCUCGAAAUUUUGUCCAACAACACAAAACGGAAGAGUGGUUCAAGGAAAGAUAUGUUCCCGAAACUAGGGACCCUCUUCGCCAGCGAUUGAUGGAGUUCAGAACUGGUGCGUAUCGACAGUGGGAACAAGAUGUCGACGCUGGAGUAUUUGACGAGUUUACCCUGGAAGGUAUCUACAAAAGUGAAAGCGACGGAGCAGGUGGUAUCAUUGAAAAGGAGGAAGGAGAAGCGACGGCAGUGGGAGAAACCCUAAGUGUGCUCGAUCUGGUUCCCGCACGCGGAGGAGAUUUACGCGACGAUUCGCAAUUUCAACCUGCUCUUUUGAUCAAAACUUUAGCGCCCAAUGUAAGCCGUGACAAAAUUGAAGAUUUCUGCAAAGAACACCUUGGUGAAGGAGAUGGCGGGUUCAAGUGGCUUAGCUUGAGUGACCCUAACCCUGCCAAAAAGUGUCACCGGAUGGGUUGGAUUAUGCUUCAUCCAGCAGCUGAAGGUCCAUCGGUUAUCGAGAGAGGCGAUGGUAGGGAUGAAGAAGGUGAGGAAGUGGAUGGCAGUGCGGCAAAUGGAUCCAACAACACGUCUGCUGCUGAAAAGGCUCUGGAUGCGGUUAACGAAAAAACCAUCCAUGAUCCUAUUCGCGGCGACUUUGUAUGUCACGUUGGCGUCCACGUUCCCCCGACGAAUCCGAGAAAAAAAGCACUUUGGGAUCUGUUCUCCGCCCCUGAACGUAUCGAGAGGGAUCUCGAGCUGGCUAAACGGAUGGUAUCUAAACUUGAUUCAGAGCUUGGGUCAGCUAACGGCCUAUCGAAGAUUGAGAGUCGAGUCGAAGAACUACGUGGAAAAGGGUUACUCCGCCCUCCUGUUACCGGCACCGCAAAGGAAAAGAAAAGCAAGCCGUUCGAGUCAGACGUUGACAUGAUCCUCUUGGAAGAUGGGGAGGCCGAGGAAGGAGAAGAACAAGAAGAGUCCUACGAUGAGGAAGUCGAUAGUGAAGACCUGCUCAUUAAAAAGAAGCAGCUGGAUUUGCUAGUUGAAUAUCUGCGUCGCGUUUAUAACUUCUGCUUUUUCUGCGUUUUUGAGAGCGAUUCGAUUCACGAGCUUGUUCGUAAAUGCCCUGGUGGCCAUCUUCGCCGCCCUCGCUCCGGACUGAGUACCCAAGCAAAAGCCGCGGCAAAGGCCAGCGCUCUCGGUCAGCCGUUCCCUACGAAGAAAAAAGAAACUACCGAAGAAGAACAGAACGGAGCGUCUCCAGUAGAAGAGAAAAAACCAUCACACUUUUCAUCGAAGACUGAACAGCAGACUCAGCGUGCUUUCAACUGGGUGCGGACGUUUGAGGAAAAGCUCCUACAGAUAUUGGAGCCCGAGAAUGUGGACUUGAAAAAACUUGGAGGAAAACCCGUGGAUGAGGCAGUGGAAGAAGAGCUCUCGAAAUUUGUCAAGCAAGAAGAUGAAGCUAAAUUCCGCUGCAAGGUACCAGAGUGUACCAAAUUAUUUAAGGCCCACCACUUCUGGAGAAAGCAUGUGGAAAAACGCCACCCGGAUUGGUAUGGCGAUAUCCGCAGAGAUCUACUCCUGGUCAAUGCCUAUGUCCUCGACCCAGCGCAUAUCUCCCCAUCAAGAUCCGAUGCUACCAGCAACGGCCAUUUCACAUACCCAUCCGGCCAUAUGGCCACCGGAACACCUCGUGGAUUCAAUCUUGCAAACAUGCCAUUUGGUUUCGGAGCAGGGAAUGGCCCAAUGCCUGGCGGACAUCCUUUCUCGGGCCUACCGCCAUCCGCAGCAGGAUUUACCGGUUUCAUGAAUGCAGCCGGCCCAGGCUGGACUGGCAAUGGACUCCCAAUGACAGGCACUGCAUCUGGAGACCCAUCAGGUUUGCAUAACCCAGGAGUUAUUCGACGGGGUAACCGCUACGGCGUCAAUAGAAUGGGCCCAUAUGACCGGCGGGGCGGUCGUUUCGGUUCGGGAGGCGCAGGCGGAAGUAUGGGCGGCAACGGUCGACUCAGCCCCCUUCGAAUGGGCGGCAUGUCUGCGGCUGGUGGUCGCCUACCUUCAGCCUCCGGGGCGGCGUACAUCCCACCCGGCCACCCAGCCGCAAUCGCCGCUGGAGUUGGUGGUGGGUUUGGUCCCGGGAGCGGUCGGUGGGGUGAUGGCGCAGGCGGGAGCGCACAAGCCAUGGGUCCAAAAGAAGCAGUACAAGGCCGUAGCUUGAAGAGUUACGAGGAUCUCGACGCAGUUGGGGGAGCUGGAAGCGGGGAGUUGAAUUAUUGA